CCAGGGGCGGACUGACAACUCAUGGGGCCCCCAGGCAAUAGGGGAUCAUGGGGCCCCUGUGUCUUUGCCCAAACUCAAAAAAAGUCUAUGAAAAAGGUACCAGGGGCAUCUCAUGGGGCCCCCUACUGACCCCGGGACCUCGGGCAGUGCCCGAGUUUCCAAAUGGUCUGUCCGCCCCUGGCUGGGACCACAUAAAUAUUAAAACUGUCCACAUUUCUCUGUGCGGGUGGUGCGGCUGCACGGAUUUUCAUGCGGAUUCGCAGUGGCACCACCCGCACAGAUGUGAACCUAGGGUUAAGGAAACAAUGGAGAUCUUGAUC